AAAGAAAAAGAAAAAGAAGAAAUGCGAGAGAAAUGAAAGGAAACCGUCUGGCGCGGAAAUGGCGAGGGAGAUUUUUCUUCCCCAACCUAAGUUUUAACCUAUUUGUGAAUUUCAGAGAUCUCUUCAGCUCGGUCUUCUUCAAUCUCUCGUUUUUCAAUCAAUUCCUCGCCCUUUCUUUCCUGUGAUUCGAUUUGUAGUUCUAUCAAUGAUAUCAAUCAUCCACUGAUUUCUGAUUCCUUUCCCUUAUUUCUUGCCAUGCCGCAUUUGUUUUCUUCAUCUUUUAUCGUACUCGCAAGUGUUUCUUCUACUUCUUUUUGCUUGCACGAGAUAUCUUCAAUACAGGACUACAACCCAGUAUUGACGUUUAUUGAUCGGGCUUUUCUCGGGCAAUGGUAGUAGGGGUUGUUGAGGCAAGGAAGAAGGGUGAUUUUGGGUUUUCUGGAUUGUGAUGUCUUGUGGUGGAGAAGCUGAUAAGCAAUGGACUUGUGCAAAAGCCGGGGCUGCAAGUUUGCAGAAAAUGGGCUUGAUUGUGCGAGACAUUGGCGAACCAUGCCUUCCACAAUCGCCCAUAAAGGUUGUUAUAGCUGUGAACAGAAUGCUGAAGCCAGACAAGUGGCAAGCAGCAUUUGAUAGUGAUGGAAAGGCUUUUGGCUUUCAGAAGGCACUCAAAUCAAUAGUUUUGGGGGGUGUGGAUCCGUCUAUUAGGGCAGAAGUAUGGGAAUUUUUGCUUGGCUGUUAUGCUGUAGGUAGCACUGCUGAGCACCGCGGCCAACUAAGAAAUGCCCGAAGGGAACGUUACAGGGACCUGAUAAAGGAGUGUCGGAUGGUACAUUCUAGCAUAGGAACUGGUUCCCUUGCCUACCCUGUGGGUUCUAAAGUUAUGGAUAUGAGGACGUCAUCUAAAGAUGAAGUGCCAAGGGAAGCUGAAAGUGAAAGUAGAGAAGCUUCCGUUCAUAAUACUAAUACAGUAGAAGAUUCUUUUUGUAGGGAUAAUAAUUGUAUAGAUAAAUCAUACACAUGCCAGAGGGAAAGCUCGAGCAAUACAGCAGAACUUGCGAAUGUUAGGAGAAGUCCAGAUAGUGCAGCAAAUGGGUCCAUUUGUUGUGAACCCAUUUCUGGUCCUUGCAAUUGUUAUUCCUUAAAAGUAGGGAGUGAAGCAGAUGGAUCAGCAAUUGUUACAGAAAAUGAAUAUGAUUUUCCUCCACUACCUGUCAUUGACUUGUUUGACAAGGAAAACAAAGAUAAGAACAAAUAUUUCCUGCAUAAUGCCAAUCUCUCUACUCAACGCAAAUUGAGAUUUGAAGAUGGCAGCAUGCACAGUUUUCAGAUAAACAACAAUGAAGAUUUAGUUAUUGAAUCAAAUGCCUCAUCCUCUAACAAUGUUUCUCAUCCCAUUAGCUCUGAAAUUGAAAUUAUACAGCUUGAUUCAAGUGAUCCAGAACUCCAGCAUAAUAGCUUGUGCAAUAAAACAGAACCAACAAACAGAUCGAAAUCCAAUGUACCAGAAACGGCAUAUCUAAAUGCAAAAGUCUACCAUAAUGGUGCUGUCAGUGAAGCUAGAGUAUCUGAAUGGCUUUGGACACUACACCGAAUAGUGGUAGAUGUGGUUCGAACAGAUAGUCAUCUUGAGUUCUAUGACAAUACGAGAAACUUAGCUAGGAUGUCAGACAUCCUUGCAGUUUAUGCAUGGGUUGAUCCUGCGACUGGUUAUUGUCAAGGAAUGAGUGACUUGCUAUCUCCUUUUGUUGUUCUAUUUGAGGAUAAUGCUGAUGCAUUUUGGUGCUUUGAGAUGCUCUUAAGAAGAAUGCGUGAGAAUUUUCAGAUGGAAGGUCCAACUCGGGUGAUGAAACAGUUGGAAGCAUUGUGGAAAAUUUUGGAACUUACUGACAGGGAAAUCUUCACUCACCUGUCGCAGAUAGGUGCUGAGAGCCUACAUUUUGCAUUUCCGAUGCUCUUGGUACUUUUUCGUCGGGAGUUGACAUUUAAUGAGGCACUUUGUAUGUGGGAGAUGAUGUGGGCUGCUGAUUUUGAUGAAUCAAAAGCUUACAGUUUAGAGGGAAGUUGUCUGGAAGCAUUGACAUUACAACUACCAAGAGGCUCGGAAGUGGAAAUAAGUGAGGGACACAUGGACAAUGGUCACAGCAACACGAAAGAAAUCUUACAAUCAAAUAAUGAAAAUUUGGAACGUUCUUCGUGUGACAAUGCUGGAAUGAAGUCACCAUCUGCCCAUGCAUUUUGUGGCUUGACAAGGAAUCUUUGUUCAAGAAAUGAUCAUAUAAAGAAGUGCACUGUGAUAUCAUCAACUAAGCAAGGAGAUGAUGAGCUUCCUGUUUUUUGUGUUGCAGCAAUCCUUAUAACGAAUCGCCAGAAGAUAAUUAGAGAAACACGUUCUAUUGAUGAUUUGAUCAAGAUUUUUAAUGAUAAGAUGCUGAAGAUCCGUGUCAAAAGAUGCAUACGUACAUCAAUCAAAUUGCGGAAGAAAUAUAUUUCCAAGGUAAUCAAGAAAAAGAGCCUCCGAUCUCAUGAUGAGGACUAGUGCUGCGCCAUUUAUACAAUGCAACAGAAGUACAACAAUAGCAAUUAGUUGAAAUGAAACAGCUGAUGAAAAAUGCAUUGGCAGUUCAUGGAUUCAAGCUAUAUGCAACUCUCUUCUGCUUCAGAUCCUUCACGUGCAGAGAUUAUGAAAUGGGAAGAAUUAUCUUUGCUUCUGUCGUCUACAAUGGGCAAUAGGAAUUCCUUUUACAGGCUCAAGGACACUGAUUGAUUUCAUAUUCAAAUCAUUGUUC